AUGGCUAUUAUGGAAACUGCUCAAAAAUCUCAAAAGUCCAAAACUAAUAACUUUACAUCGAUUUUGGAUCAGGUCCUAAAAAAAUACAACUUGACUAUCGAAUCCAAUCCAUCUCAAUUAUGCGACUAUGCUAGCGAACUUAGUUAUUAUGCUGAGGGCGAUACUUCUGAUUCUGAACCUGAAUCUCAAAUUUCUACGCCUCAGUCUAAGAAUAAUGAUCUUUUGAAGAAAGCGCAUUCCAUGCAUUAUAAUCCUUUUGAUUCCCAGAUUGCGGAAAUAGAUUCGAUGUUGGCAGGAAUGUGA